AUGGCGUCAGUUCCAUUUCUCCUUCAGUCCAAGGCGCUCAUCCCUCUCCAGAAAGAGGAGGACCCGGAGACACAGAAGACGGUUCUAACCAACUACAUGUUCCCCCAGCAGCCCAGAGCAGAGGAAUAUGUGCCUAACUCGGACAGCGAGAGCUUCAACCCGACCCUGUGGGAGGAGCAGAGGAAGCAACGCGCUCAAGUGGCCUUCGAGUGUGACGAGGACAAGGAUGAGAGGGAGACACCCCCACGGGAGGGUAAUCUGAAGCGCUACCCGACUCCAUACCCGGACGAGCUGAAGAACAUGGUGAAAACUGCUCAAUCCGUGGCCCACCGUCUGAGGGAGGAAGAGUCAGGGGAGGAAGGCCGCCACAAUCACGUGGGCCUGCAGGACGUGGGACUCAAGGUGAUCGAGGGGCCGUGUGCCAAUGGCAAGGCGGUGGAGAUGGAGGCCUCGGCAGCGAUCCAUGAUUCCGGCGAGGUUGAGCCCCUCAUGGAUCAGAAUGAGCAGGGCACCCCCAGAAUACCCCUGAACCCCACAGAUGCCCCCCGAGCCACUGUCAACCAUGAGGACACACUGGAGGACUCUGAGGACCUGUCGUCGUCAGAGGAGGAGAUGAAGAUGGGGGAGAUGCGGCCGCCUCUCAUCGAGAUCUCCAUCAACCAGCCCAAGGUCCUGGCUCUCAGCAAGGACAAGAAAGACGACAGUAAGGAUGCGGACUCCCUCCUCGACGACACUGUUGCCAACAGCAACCAGAACAACAGCAACUGCUCGUCUCCCUCGCGCAUGUCCGACUCUGUCUCCCUGACGACCGACAGCAGCCAGGACAACUCCCUCUGCACCCCGGAGAAGGAGGCCAAGAUGCACUUGUUGCCUAAGAACAGGCCAGAGGAUGAGAACCUUAACACACUGCAGAAAGGCGGUUCGGUUCUGCAGAACUACAAUGGUUCCGACAUGGCCCUCCAUACCCUGCUGAAGACCCAGCACGGCUAUCCUCCGCAGGCCAACGACAUGGCCGGUUACGAGCUGACCAUGGAGGAGAAGCUGGUUCUCAUCGACAAGAGCAUCAACAACGGCAUGCCCCAGGCCUACAACAAGUGGGACCAGAUCAACAUGAACGUGGCCAAGAUGGCCCCCGACAACAUGGUGCAGUUCGACGGCCGCGAGAAGAUGCCCCGGGCCCCGCUGCAGCACGAACCGACGCUGCCCCUGCGAAACGACAACGCCUCGCUGGAGAACCUCGAGAACGGCAACCAGCUGCCCAAGACUGCGUCCAGCGAGCGGCUGAUCGAGCGAGCCGAGGAGCGCCUGCCGCCGCCUCCGAGGUACGAGAGCGUGGCGACGGCGUGCGCGGGCGUGACCGCCAGCGACCACGGGCUGUCCUACAGCACCGAGGAGCUCUCGCCCGACCGCCGGUGCGCGCCUCCGCUGCAGGUCACCAAGUCUCACAGCAUCACCAACAUGGACACGGGGGGCAUGAGGCUGUACGCCAUGGAAGGGGACGGUGGGGUGUACGAGGCAGCCGUCCGCCAGGCGGCUUCGGGGGCGCAGGGCCAGAGCAUCGUCCGCUCUAAGUCGGCCUCGCUGCUGAGCGCCCAGCCCCUGCAGGUGCACCCCGGCUCCUCGGCCUCUUCCUCCGACCUGCUGUCCACGCACAAACCGCCCGCUUCUGUCGCCGCCGGCGGCUCCAGCCGCCCCCCGCCCCCCCAGUACAAGGUGCAGUACGCCAGCAGUGCCAUGCCCAAAGAGGGCUGGUCCCCGCGCACACCUGUGCCCCCCGACCAGGCCUACCUGCCCCCCCAGCACUCCCUGGCCAACACCAACUACUCCAACCGCAACCAGGCCCCCCCUUACCCCAUACCCCCCCAGCAACAGAUGUGGGCCAAACAGGACCGGCUCCUCCCCCAGGACAGGCUCCUCCCCCAGCGGAGCACCCUGCAGCGGCAGACCAGCAACUCCUCGGCGGUCUCCAUGGGGAUGGCGGAGCCGCGGCGCGUGGCGGUGUCCGAGGGCGACUACCUGAGCUACCGCGACCUCCAGGGCGGCCCGCGCGGGCCCCUGGCCGCCAGCCACAGCCACACCCUGCAGCAGCGCCCGCUCUCGGCCCGCACGUACAGCAUGGACGGCCCCGGGAUGCCGCGCCCGCACAGCGCCCGCCCCGCCCCCCACGAGCUGCCCGAAAGGACCAUGUCGGUCAGCGACUUCGGCUACGGCCAGGUCAGCCCCAGCAAGAGGCCCGGCCCGCGGGUUAAGUCGGAGCACUCGCUGCUAGACGGGCCGGUGGGGCCAGGUGGGGCGAGGGUACCCCCCGACUGGAGGGACCAGGUGAUGCGGCACAUUGAGGCAAAGAAGAUGGAGAAGGACGACAUCAUCUGGGCACCAGGGCCCCCAGCGUAUCCUUCCGACACACUGAGAAAAGUGCCUUUGAUGAACGGGCGGCCCCAGAUGUCAUGCGGUCAGCCCACCAUGGCCCGUCACCCCUCACGGGAGCAGCUGAUCGACUACCUGAUGAUGAAGGUUUCCCAGCCCCCUCAUGGGCCGCCUCCCGCCCCACACGAGAUCUUGCAACAGGAGAUCCGUGUGAAGAUGGAGAAGAACCCAGAGCUGGGCUUCAGCAUAUCAGGGGGAGUGGGAGGACGAGGGAACCCCUUCAGGCCAGAUGAUAAUGGCAUCUUUGUGACGCGAGUGCAACCCGACGGACCCGCCUCUAAAUAUCUACAGCCUGGAGACAAAAUCAUCCAGGCCAACGGUUACAGCUUCAUCAACAUCGACCAUGGCAACGCCGUGGCCCUGCUGAAGAAAUUCCCCAGCACUGUGGAUUUGAUCAUCAUCCGCGAGAUUGCCGCAUAGACCCGUGCCCCCCACACAGAGGAACAGACAGACAGACAAACAGACAGACAGAGAGACCAGGAGAACUAAACCUGAAUGUCCACGUUGUGUUUUUUUUUAUUUUUUAUUUUUUUUAAAAGAGCCAGCUGUGAAGAGACUGGCAGCUGGGGUGGGGAAGAGAGGGUCCCACUCGGGCACAUUUUGAGGUUUAAACCACUGGACAUGGGAGAGUGGAGCAUGUUUUUCAUUUUCAUUUGUUUUGUACAAACCCUUAACAGAUACCUUCACUGUGGAAUAGCUGUUGGCUCGUGUAGCUGACGGCAGAGUGACUGUACAGAGAGUUCUUAUUUUUUUCACCAACGAUUCACCUGCGUUUUAGACAGUAGAGCCCGUCAUAGAUUCACCAUUGACUGCAGAUCACCAACAGGGGGCAGGCUUUCCCUCUGGUUCCAUCCACAUGCCUUUUGUCACGUGCUUGAGUUUUAAUUUAAGGGGAGGCUUCAGUUGGGCUUUGUGGAACAGGGUGAGAGAGAGAGAGAAAAAAAAAUGAGAGAAAGAGUGUUGAAAGACUCGCACGUGUUUACGGUGGACAGGCACGUCGAUUUGAAGGAACCCGUGUGGGAACUCGGUCCACACAGCUAUGGAAUUUGGGGAUUGGCUGGUUCAUUCAAGUUCAGCCAGGAUUGAGGGGGUGGCGCGGCGCACCCAGUGUCCCCUUCCUUAAACUCCGACCCCAAUACCCUUCAGCUGUAUAGGCGGCUUUCCUGCUUACCCACCGCCUCACCUGGCCUUAGCCGCCCACCCUCGCCCCGACCGAUUCGAUUUUUACCACUGUGGGUGAACACCCGAAGAUACAGCAUGGGAGAUUUCAAGAAGAUGCAAUAAGAGAUGGCAAUGGAUAGGGAUUUUUCCCCCCCGUAUGUUUUAUGGAUUUGUUUUCUGUCUGCUAGGCCUCACCUGCCUGGCUUUAAAGAGAGGUGGAGAGCGAGGAGAACCUGGAGAGGUAGAGGAGAAAUGGGAGAAGGGAGCGGAGUAGGACAUGAGACGGAAAACCAAAGUCUGUGAGAAGUCUGGAGCUGAGGAGGAGGAGGGGGGGAGGAGGAGGAGGAGGUCAGCUGGGGGUCCUCCUGCCAUCUCAUGGGGUCCUAAUGGCUUCUUCUCUCCACACUUGCCUCUGAUUGGUUAUGUAUGUGUGUGUGUGUGUGUGAGGGUGUGAGACAAAUGAACGUCUAUACAGACACACACACACAAAAUCUGCCUUGUCACUGAGCUUGGUUCAGACGGACAGUACACCCCUGCCCUCUGUCCUCUGCCGACUUGCUUCCUGUGACAUUACUGUUGGACAAAUAAGUGCCAAGAACCCUGAGCUCACAGAGGGAGAAAGAAAGAGGAGGAGGAGGAGGAGGAGGAGGUGGCCUGAGCCCUCUUCACCUAAGCAAUACUCACUCACCUGCAGAAUGCACAGCACACAAGGCUGGAACAGCAAUACAGCAAGAGCUUUUAUUUUUCCUGCAGCAAAAGAGAUGUCUGUUUGCAUUUUUACAUACAUACAUGUACGUACAUUCAAACAAACAAAAACAAAACAAAAAAAAAAGACACUUUUAGGAGACAUCAAUUGUGAUACAGCUUUUUUUUUAAUGGCGACUUUUUAUAAGACUUUGCAGGAAUGAACUUUCUGCUCUUUUUAUUUCUCCUUUUAUUUUUCUUAAAAUGGCAAAGGCGUUUGCGUGGACAUAACGCUCCCUCGGCCUUUCCCCACAACCUGCCCUGUAUCGCAAAGCCUCCCAACACAGGAGAGGACUUACCGUGCAGUUGUUACAUGUCAGUCGCCAAACACACACACACACCAACCCCCUGAGCUGAACUUGUGAAAUGUUGAGGGGGCGAUACACCUGUGACACUGAGCUGUGAUGUUCGAGGCUCACAGGUGACUGUGGUUGCCACAGUAACGUGAAGACUUUUGUGGUGUGUGGCGCAUGAACUGAACUGACUGCAUGAAGUACACGAUGGGAUUGUAUUUUUGUACGGUUAUUAUUAUUAUUUUUUUUCUUCUCUUAACUACCUGUUUCCAAAGCAGGGCACACGAAUGCUUAGAAAAGAUCAAACUCACAAAAGUUGAAACUUUUUUUCCCUUCAGAAGAUUAUGAUUAUAACAUUUAUUUUGUAUGCAAGAAGCACUGUUGAUUUUAUAAGAAGUGUACAUUUGUAAUGACAUCAUGUUGGAGUAUGUUUAGACAUUUCGUGUUCCGUAAUGGCAUCACAUAACUGUCUGCUUUUUGAGUGGUGUGUGCUGUGUGUGCAAGUGUUUGGUCUCAGCAGAAGCAGAAUCCCUCACACACACACACACACACACACACACACACACACACACACACACACACACACACACACACACACACACGUGCGCCUGUGUGUUGUUUCAUCACAACAGGCCUUCCACUGAUGAGGGUUUACUGGGGAUAGGUGGUGUCCACUGUUCCCAUUACUAUUUUAAAGGUGGCGUUUCAUUGGCUAGCACUCUGCUUGGAUGGUCUUCAUAUCAUGGGGUCAUUUCUGGGGACUACAUUUAAAGUUGGGUUUUGAGUGACCAAUUUUCCUUUUUUUUUUUUUUUUUUUUCCUUUUAAAACGUUUAAACACUUUUUUGUUGUGGGCACUGCAUCCUCUGUGUUUAAAGCUUGUUUGAAAUAUCAUUUUAUUGGGAAAUAUUCCUGUAAUUGUCAUAUUUUUAUAUCUUUUCUUUUGUUUGUUUUCAUUACAAAGAAACAGAUAUGUACAGAUGAUGACAAUCUGGGCCUAAACCUGUGGUUAUAGUCUACCAUCUUUAAAACAAACCCUCCUUUUAAUUUAUUUAGCUUCUUGCAGUAGAGAGGAAAAAAAUAAUCAAAUGUAAAUACUUUUACAAAGUCAAAAAAGUGAAAUCGCCAUGGCAUUAGUUAAUCUGAAUUGAUGAAACCAGCAAUAAUGUGUGAUCCUGGAGUGACCCAGUCAUAGAGCUCACAGUGGGUGGGUCAGCAAGCAGCUAGAGAUGAGAUGAUCAGUAUGCAUUUAUUCAACAUUCCAGAUUUUGUACAUAAUUACACAGUUUCUGAGGUAACCUGUGGAUAAUGAUAAAUAAACUAAUGCUCUUAAAAA